AGAAAAAUAAAAUGAAAAAAAAAAAGAAUACAACCGUUGCUGCUCGUUUUGUUGACAUCCGAUCCGAGACGCAGUUGCAGCUUUCCGGGGCUGAAUCACUCAUUUAAAUGGCUUCCGGUUACCGAAAACCAGCUUCUUCUGUGGGCCAGAGGAAGAAGUCGGGUCCCAAAAUCGACCUGACUGAGGAGCAAAAGCAAGAAAUCAAAGAGGCUUUUGACCUCUUUGACACCGAUGGAAGUGGAACAAUCGACGUGAAGGAGCUGAAGGUUGCCAUGAGGGCGCUCGGGUUUGAACCCAAGAAAGAAGAGAUCAAGAAGAUGAUCGCAGACAUCGAUAAAGAGGGCUCUGGAACGAUUGACUUCAGUGACUUUCUCGGUAUGAUGACUUCGAAAAUGAGUGAAAAAGACUCCAAAGAAGAAAUAAUGAAGGCUUUUCGGCUGUUCGACGACGACGGCACAGGAAAAAUCUCCUUCAAAAAUCUGAAGCGAGUCGCCAAGGAGCUGGGAGAGAACCUCACGGACGAAGAAUUACAGGAAAUGAUCGACGAGGCGGACCGAAAUGGCGACGGGGAGAUUAACGAGCAGGAGUUCUUGAGGAUAAUGAAGAAGACCAAUCUCUACUGAACCCGGUCUGGACCCAACGGGGGCGGUUCUUUCAGAUCCCAAUCGGAACGGUUUGUGCCCGGAGUUUUUCUCGGGGGCACCUUUUUUUUUUUUUCCCCGAGACAGAUUUGCGAAUGUAUGUUUUUGUCCCGCGCCAUAUUUUUGCACAGAUUUCUCUUAUCUUUUUUUCUUCUUUUUACAAUGCAAGAAAAAUAAAUAUAUUUCCCUCAUUG